AUGGUCCUCCACAACCCCAACAACUGGCACUGGGUGAACAAGGACGCCUCUGGCUGGGCCAAGGAGUACCUGCAGGAGCAAGUGAGCACCAUCAGUGCUGAACAAGAUGGAGUCUCGGCCAAAGUAGACAAGGUGACUUCCAUGAAUGGCGACGUAGAUGUCAGCCAGCGCAAGGGCAAAGUCAUUACCUUGUACGACGUGAAGCUGUCGUUAGAGUAUUCAGGUAAGACCAAGGACGAUGAGGACGUCUCCGGUACUAUCACCGUCCCGGAGGUAGCUCACGACACCGAGGAAGAUGAGUACGUCUUCGAGAUUGACAUUCACUCCGAUGCCUCCUCAAAGCAGCCCGUGAAGGAUCUCGUCCGGUCCAAGAUUCUUCCUCAGCUUCGCAAGAAGCUCGCUACUCUCACCGGUGCCCUGAUCACCGAGCAUGCGAAGGAUCUUCAGCACGCUCCCGGUGUCAAUCCCUCCGCUGGCUUCACCCCUGCCCCCGUCCACCCUCAGACCAAAAAGAAGGAGAGCGCUCCAUCCACUACCACCACAACUUCCACCACCGGUAAGGUGGCAGUGAAUACCACCACUGUCAAUGCGUCAGACGAGUUCCGUACUACCGCGGAGGAGCUCUACGCCACCUUUACCGACCCCCAGCGCAUCGCGGCGUUCACACGAGGCGCCCCCCGUCAGUUCGAAGGCGCUCAACCCGGCGGCAAGUUUGCCAUCUUCGACGGCAAUGUCACUGGCGAGUACGUCAAACUCGAUGCGCCCAAGCAAAUUGUUCAGAAGUGGCGCCUUGCCCAGUGGCCCGAGGGACAUCACAGCACCCUCCAGAUCAACCUGGACCAGAACGACGUUGAUGGUGUGACCCAGAUGCGCGUCGAAUGGUCCGGUGUCCCUGUUGGUCAGGAGGACGUCACCAAGCAAAACUGGGAGCUGUACUACGUCCGCAGCAUCAAGCAGACUUUCGGGUAUGUUGAAGAUCCCCCCUUCCCCUAA